GGUCCAGGGCUGUCACCAGGAGAAGAGCAGAGUAAGAGUUUGACACAAAAGCAUGGCCUUCGCCACACAGAACGACUUGCAUUCUAGACUGGCAGCCAUUAAACAGGAGGACUGGGAGUGGGUCCCACCCGAGGAUCUGCACGUGAAGCGGGAGGGCUGUGAAGGAUGGGUUUCAGAUUUUAAAAAGGAGGAGCCCACGGGAGAGGCUGCCGAGGUGAAAGCUGAGCAUUUGGAAUCCUUGGCAGAUAAUCUCGACCCGCAAAGACACAAACCUGUCAAUGUCUUCAAACAGGAGCCUUGCGAAAAGUCUCACUGGAGUUCGCUGGCCCGGGCCGCCAAUACGGGACAACCGGCGAUCCACAGACUUCUGCUGCAAGUGAAAUCCGAGAUGUUUGGGGAGAAAAUCGCUGGAGGAGAAGAGCAGAAGUCGUCGAGGAGCUUUGGAAUAAAUUUACAGGAUAAUGGCAGCUCCUCCCCAUCUUCAUUUGCUCAUCCCUCUCAGUGCAAACAGGACAACGAAAAGAUGAGGAAGUCAACAAGAGGAUCGCAGAACUUGGCAGCAGCCUCUUUGCAAUACAGCUCUCAUCCAGCUGGCAAACAAGCUCAUAUGGAAGCAGUCAACAAUGACCAACAGCCAACGUGUAAUACAGAUGAAGAGGUUUUGUGUAAUGGCAAACAGUGCAUAAAAACCUUCCAAAACAAAUCUGACAGUGAAGAUCUUAAGUCGAUUCGUAUGAAAGAGAAGCGGUAUUCCUGCUCUGAAUGUGACAAAGUGUUUUCAAGAAGAUACAGUCUCCAAAAUCACGAAAGAAUUCACACUGGGGAGAAACCCCAUGGCUGUCAAGCAUGUGGCAAACGAUUUGCGCGAAUAGACUGUCUCCAGAGCCAUAGAAGAAUCCACACUGGAGAAAAACCUUACCCCUGUUCUAAGUGUGGCAAACGAUUCUCACAAAUGAGCCACCUCCAUAUCCACACAAGAAUCCACUCUGGAGAAAAGCCUUAUUGCUGUUUGGAAUGUGGAAAGCGAUUCUCACAGAAGGGUACACUUGACAAACAUGUAAGAGCUCAUAAUGGAGAGAAGCCACAUUGCUGUACUGAAUGUGGGAAGAGAUUCUCAGCAAUAGGCACUCUUCAGUGCCACAUUAGAAUUCAUACUGGAGAGAAGCCCUAUGUUUGUCCGGAAUGUGGCAAGCAGUUUUCCCGUCACAGUACUCUUCAGCAGCACAAACAAACUCAUACUAGAGAGAAGCCAUAUUGCUGUUCCGAGUGUGGGAAGAGAUUUUUAAAAAGAAGCAACUUGAAAUCCCACUUGAAAAUUCACACUGGAGAUCAGCCUCAUUGCUGUUCUGAAUGUGACAAAUGUUUUUUCUAUAAUAGUCAUCUUCAGGAACAUCUGAAAAUUCACAACAGAGAAAAACCUCAUUGCUGUUCUGAUUGUGGGAAAGGAUUCUCAAGAUUAAGCCGUCUUAAGCUCCACUUGUGCAUUCCCAGUAGAGAAAAACCUUACAGUUGUACCGAAUGCAGUAGGUGGUUCUUAAAAGCAAGUCAACUUCAGAAACACAUUCAAAGUCACACUGUCGAGAAGCCUCACUGUUGUUUGGAAUGUGGCAAACGAUUUUCACAGAAGAGUAAUCUUCGCAGACAUUUCAGGGUUCACACUGGAGAGAAGCCUCAUUGCUGUUUGGAAUGUGGCAAACGAUUUUCACAGAAGAGUACUUUUCACAGACAUUUCAGAGUUCACACUGGAGAGAAGCCUCAUUGCUGUUCUGAAUGUGGGAAGAGAUUCUCAGAAAAGUACCACCUUCGACGCCACCUCAAAAUCCACACUCAUGAGAAACCAAUUUUCAAAUGGCCGUAGCCUUCAGUCAUAAAAGAAUUCAUGCCAGUAAGAAUCCUCAUAGCUGUUCUGAAUGUGGCAAAAGAUUCUCCUGUAACCGCCUUCUUCAGAAACACAUUAGAAUCCACACUGCAGAAAAUUCAGGAAAUGCUAUCCAAAACCUGCCACAUGUGAAAUAAGAGUUGAAAAACUGUGUGAGUGUGUAGUCCUAAGUUUAAUAUCCAUCCAUCAUCCAACCCGCUACAUAAUAACUACAGGUCACAGGUGUCGGCUGGAGCCAAUCCCAGCCAGCACAGGGCACAAGGCAGGAAACAAACCCCAGGCAGGGUGCCAGCCCACCGCAGGGCACACACACCCACAUUAGGGACAAUUUAGGAUGGCCAAUGCACCUCACCUGCAUGUCUUUGGACUGUGGGAAGAAACCCACGCAGACACGGGGAGAACAUGCAAACACCACGCAGGGAGGACCCAGGAAGUGAACCCAGGUCUCCUUACUGCGAGGCAGCAGCACUACCCAAUGCGCCACUGUGCCACCCCUAAGUUUAAUAUGUCACUGUGAUUUGUGCAAAUUUCUAUUUUAUGGAAUCUGAUCUCUUCCCCCCCAUACAACACAUGCAGUACAGCAUUAAACACACAAUCAGACACAGAGAACUACCAUGCAAGCAUAAAUACAAAAGGAUGAUGUGCCCAUGUGCUACUUUGCAUACUCCACCUAACAUUACAGGGGGAGGGAUUUUGCCAUUUAAUUUAUAGUUCUAUUGAUUUAGGUUAAUAUUACGCUGCAAUCAUUACAGAACCCAUUCCCAGGGAGCGUGCGCUCUCUGCUUGAUAUACUGAAGAGUGUUAUUGAAGACCCAAAGGGACCAUCACAGGAACAUUCCAUACCGGUCCCAGUGCGAUAUCAAUGAACUUACUCUCUGCCCAAUAUUUGGAGCAACCCAGGCACUAUGCUAGCCUCUCAACCCAAAUUUAAAGAGAUAAUUGAUAGUGUAGCACAUUAGGUCUGACGAAUGAGGUUCACAGUAUUUUUGGAUAGUGGUUCCUUGCUGGAGAAAUGAACUUCCAAAACUUUUAUUUUGAAGAUAAGCGUUUCUCACAAAUAAUCUUUACACUACAUAUUCAAAAUUUCAUAUUGUGAAGGAUGUCAAGCGAGGACGGGCAACCCAGCCGGCGCCGUUACUGAGAUCCUUAUCUGGUGGGGACACCCAUGGCAUGGAAGGACAGGGGCAGACAGUUUAUACGGGGCAUUAUCGCUCCUGAAACACUUGGUGCCACCCCAGAGAACAUUGGGAACUGUAGUUCACUACCUUAGCACUGUUGGGUUCCAUGCGUGCUGCC